UGUUGAAGAACAAGUUACAAUUUUAUAACAAAAGUUUGUAGAAUGAAAAAACCUCAGAUAUUAUCGAAUUAAUUGUAAAUCGAAAUAAACAUUCUAAACAAUUUUAUAUAAAACCUGGCUGACAUCAUAUACUUCUGAAGCUGCGUACAGAAGAAGAAUUUAUUUUCAUAUUGAAUUUCAAAAAUAUAAUAAUAUUAUAAUAAAAAAUAUUAAGUAAAAAUGAAUCCUUUAACUAACAUGAAAAAUGUCUUGAAACUGAGCGAAAAUGAACUGGUUACAAAAAACAAAACUUCUUGGCAUGAUCAGUAUAAAGACAGUGCUUGGGUUUUUGUAGGCGGCUUACCAUAUGAUUUAACAGAAGGAGAUAUUGUUUGUGUUUUUUCGCAGUAUGGUGAAGUAGUGAAUAUAAAUCUUGUAAGAGAUAAAGACACAGGAAAAUCUAAAGGAUUCUGCUUUAUUUGUUACGAAGAUCAAAGAUCAACGAUAUUAGCAGUAGAUAAUUUCAAUGGUAUAAAGUUAUUAAAUAGAACAAUAAGAGUAGAUCAUGUAUCAGAUUACAAAGUACCUAAAGAAGGUAAAAAAACUGACGAAGAAACCAAACAAUUGUAUAUUGAAGGCUGCGCCCCUAAACCUAUUGCACCGAAAAUAAGUGAAAGCCCUCCAAGAGACUUUAGAGAAACAAUCGCAGACUAAAUUGAAGCGGAUAUUAAACUACCUCAACGUUUACCUAUUUAUCCUAUAAAAAAAGAAAAUGAAGAUGUAAAAGUUGAAAAUGAAGAUGAUGGUGCUCAGAGAGAUAAAAAGAAGAAAAAAUCCAAGAAGAAAAGUAGAAGUUAUAGCAGUAGUUCUAGUGAGGAGACAUCUAAGAAACACAAACAUAAGAGGAGAAAAAAGGAUAAAUAUGAAUCAAAAAAACAAAGGGCUUAAUUAUUUUAUUAUCGUUUGUAUUUGUCUGUAUUAUAAUUAUAAGAAAA